AUGUCUAGUCACAGUAGUGAUGUGUAUGUGAUGGAGGACGAGGAGGAGGACUUAUCUGUGCAGCUGCCGGAGGGUCUUGUGCACUCACACUCCACAACGCCGUUAGAGUCAUCUGCGGAGGAGUUGUACCAACGCAAAAAGACGGCGUGUGAUCUACGCACAGUUGGCACUAACACAGAGAAUUACGUGGAGGAAUCUGUAAGUUCCUUGGUUUAUAAUGGUAUAAUGGAACUUAUGCGGACUCUCGCCGGCGAUGGGUUUGCAGAUAAUAUUUCAAUGAAAUUUCAACAGCAGAGGAAAUGUGGCUCUACUGAAGAGAUUACAAUAAUUGCUCGUAAUAUAAUAAAACGUCUUGGAGAGAUUUGUGCAGAUCAGCCACAAUUAUCCACGUUACCCGAAGCAUCAUUAGAUGUUACAGAUACUGCUAUGUCUGUUCCUGUUUCUACUACUACGAGUGGUGCUACUAAUAUUACUAAUAAGACUGAUGUUAAUGCAGUUCCCUCAUGGCUUGAUGAUUUACAGGAAUCCAUGUCGAGAACAGAAACUCUUUUGCAUGAACUUUCAAAGACAACAGAGAAGAAAGAAACGCUGGAUGAACAUUUAAAGACAUCUAAUACUAUACUUCUUGCACCUGCAGUUACUUCACCGACACCUCCUCAUUCACCACCUUCGGCACCGUUGUUGAUCUCUCAGUCAAUUCCACCUGAAAAGACAAGUCGAACUGAGGAACUUGAAACUGAAUUACGUAAUCUACAAGAGAAAAUGGCAGAAAUACGUUUAAUUUUCGCUAAAGAAGGUUUAGAUAGUAUAGUUCCUCUUUAUAAUGAACUUCUUGAACUUCGUGAAUUAAGGCGAAAGACAGCGGUUAAGGAUGCUGAAACCACCAUGGCAUACCUUACUACUAUGGAGUGCUGUUUUAAACAACAAUUAAUCGCAGCAGAAAAACGGAAAAGAUCUCUUGAUUUAGAGCUUACUAGACGUUCUUGUGAUGUAGGGAAUACAAUAACUACUUUGGUUGAAGAUGUUGAAAAAUUGGCACAGUUAAGUCAAGAUUUAAAACAACUUCGAAGUGAAUAUCAGCGUCAAGUAGCAUUACUGGAUAAAAAUCAUUACAUGUGUAUUGCUCCUUUACCUGGUGAAAAACGACUAAGGACUUCAGAAGGAAGUUUUAAGUUGCUUUUUGAAGAACAACUAGAGAAAGAGCAGCAAAUGAUGGCACUUCGUCAAGAGUUGGAAUCACAGAAGAAAGAAACUGAAAAGUGGAGAGAACGAUACGAAAUGUCUGUACAAUCAACCUCUCUAGUUCAAGAAAAUACUACAUUUAAUUCACUUCUGCGUAAUGUUGAUGAGCGGCUCUCUGCUGAAGCAUACCGUAAACUCACACUUUUAUGUCGUCUUUUUGGAUGGAACUUGCUCGAGUUAACUGAUAAAACCAUUGUUAUUGGACGUAUAGGAUGCGCAGAAGAGAAACUCAGCUUGCCUUUUUUGGAUUCAUUGAAGGAUGAAAACCCUUCUUUAGCUAUGAGCGUCGUUCUUGCAAAAAAAGUACUGGAAGGUUGCGCUACUCGACGAGAACAGCAGGUAGAUGUUCAGAGUGACAACGUCAAAGAUAAUGAAGAGGAUCUAGAUGAUGAAAGAAAUAUGGAAGAAAAUGAAGAAAAUGAAUCUACAAUAAAGGAGAGUAAAAAUCUUGAAUUGGAGGAGACAGAUAAAACUGAGGUGGAAAACGAAGUCUGUGAUACAGGUAAAGAAGAGGUAAGUACCACAGACCCUUCAAUGGAUAAAAAUCAAGAAGAAUCCAUAAUAAAGGAAACUCCCUCAUCAGACUCGGCAGAACCGACAUUUUACAGUAGUGGUCUUUGGGAUGAGUAA